ACUACCAUUAGCUAUAAGAUGUUUAGAACAGCUUUAUUAAGAUCCGUCAGAGCCCCAAUGGCCCCAGUUGCCAGAAAACAGGUGAUUUCGCCAGCCACCAUAAACCAAUCAUUUGUUCGUACUUAUGCCGGUUUCCCCCCAUUAACUAAAGAUAUUGCCAGAGAAAGAAUCUUGGAACUUUUAGAAGGCUACAACAAAGUCAAGGCCACCGAAAUCAAGGACGAAAGCUCAUACAUCGGUGAUUUGGGCUUGGACUCUUUAGAUGUUGUUGAAGUGAUCAUGGAAGUUGAACAUGAAUUCAAUAUCCAAAUCCCAGACCAAGAAGCGGAUUCCUUGAAAACCGUUGGUCAAACCGUCGAUUACAUUCUCUCGCAAUCCGAUGCUUGUUAAGCAACCUAUGAAUCGUUAACGUAUCUGAUAAAAAUUGCAAAAAUUCAAUUUUUUUUGUUUUUUAUUAUUUUUUUCACUUAUGAUAACAUCACGAGUCUUAUUUAUUCCAUCCUACUUGUUCCUUUCAUUUCGAUACUAGCCUUAUUCAAUCAUACGCUUUUUUAAUACACAUGC